CUCAGUGAUUCCCACCCUGGUACAACAAUCUCUGUGACGUAAAAAGCCGCCACCGGAAUCGUAGAGUUUGUUGUAACAGGACGAAAUGGAUUUAUGUGUGGAUCGCGUUGAAGAAGUACAAAAUGUCCUUAAUGCUAUGCAGAAAAUCUUAGAGUGCCCAAUCUGUCUGGAGUUGAUCAAAGAGCCUGUUUCCACAAAAUGUGACCACAUAUUUUGCAAAUUUUGUAUGCUGAAACUUCUCAACCAGAAGAAAGGGCCUUCACAGUGUCCUUUGUGUAAGAAUGAUAUAACCAAAAGAAGCCUACAAGAAAGUACAAGAUUUAGUCAACUUGUUGAAGAGCUAUUGAAAACCAUUCAUGCUUUUGAGCUUGACACGGGAUUGCAGUUUACAAACAGUUAUAACUUUUCAAAAAAGGAAAUUAACUCCCCUGAGAAACUAAAUGAGGACAUUUCUAUCAUCCAAAGUUUGGGCUACCGAAACCGUGUCAAAAGACUUCGACAGAGUGAACCUGAAAAUCCUACCUUGCAGGAAACGCGUCUUAAUGUCCAGCUCUCUAACCUUGAAAUUGUGAGAUCACUGAGGACAAAGCAACAGAUACAACCUCAGAAGAAGUCUGUCUACAUUGAAUUGGGAUCCGAUUCUUCUGAAGAUACAGUUAAAGAAAAUUAUUUCAGUGUGAGAGAUCACGAAUUACAAAUCACCCCUCAAGGAGCCAGGGCUGAAGCCAGUUUGAAUCCUGCAAAAAAGGAUAAUGCUGCUUGUGAGUUUUCUGAGGCCAUAACAAAUAUUAAGCAUCAUGAAUCCAGUAAUAAAGAUUUGACCACCACAGAGAAGCAUGCAACUGAGAAGCAUCCAGAAAAGUAUCAGGAUGAUGCAGCACCUGAGUAUGAGCGUGAAGCCUGCCUCUCUGAAGAUGGUUCAGAGCUGUCCUCUCAGAAUGUUAUUUUAACCACUCAGCAGAAGGAUACCAUGCAAGAUAACCUGAUAAAGCUCCAGCAGGAAAUGGCCGAACUGGAAGCGGUGUUAGAGCAGCAUGGGAGUCAGACUUCUAACAGCUCCCCUUCCAUCAUAGCUGAUUCUUGUGCCUCAGAGGACUUGCUAAAUCCGGAACAAAACAUGUCAGAAAAAGCAGUAUUAACGUCAGAGAACAGUGGUAAACAUCUUAUUAGUCAGAAUCCAGAAAGCCUUUUUGCAGACAAGUUUCAAGAAUCUCUGGAUAGUUCCACCAAUAAAAGUAAAGAACCAGGAGUGGAAAGGUCUUUCCCUUCUCAAUCCCAGUUGUUAGACAAUGGGUGGCAUGUGGGCAGCCACUUGCCAAGUCUUCAGAACGGAAACCGCCCGUCUCAAGUUACUGACGUGGAGGGGCAACAGCUGACACAGUCGGAGGCCCAGGAUUUAACGGAGCGGUCUGAUUUGCCAAAACAAGAUCUAGAGGGAACCCCUUACCUAGAAUCUGAAAUCAGCCUCUUCUCGGAUGACCCUGAGUUUGAUCCCUCUGAAGACAGAGCUCCAGAGCCGGCUCAUGUUUGCAGCAUGCCAACUUCAACCUCUGCCUUGAAAUUACCCCAAUUUCAAGUUGAAGAACCUGCCAAGAGUCCAGCUGCUGCUCAUACUACUAAUACUGCUGAAUAUAAUGUGAGGGAGAAAAGCGUGAGCAGGGAGAAGCCAGAAGUGAUAUCUUCAGCACAAAGAGUCAACAAAAGAAUAUCUAUGGUGGCAUCAGGCUUGACCCCAAAAGAAAUUGCGCUUGUGCGCAAGUUUGCCAGAAAACACCACAUCGUUUUAACUGAUCUAAUUACCGAAGAGACUACUCAUGUCAUUAUGAAAACAGAUGUUGAGUUUGUAUGUGAACGGACACUGAAAUAUUUUCUGGGAAUUGCAGGAGGAAAAUGGGUAGUUAGCUAUUUCUGGGUGACCCAGUCUACGAAAGAAAGAAAGAUUCUAGAUGAGUGUGAUUUUGAGGUCAGAGGAGAUGUUGUCAACGGAAGGAACCACGAAGGUCCAAAGCGAGCAAGAGAAUCCCAGCACAGAAAGAUCUUCAGGGGCCUAGAAAUCUGUUGCUAUGGGCCCUUUACCAACAUGCCUACAGAUCAGCUAGAGUGGAUGGUGCAGCUCUGUGGGGCUACUGUGGUGAAGGAGCCUUCGUUGUUCACCUUCGGCAAGGGUACUUACCCAGUUGUGGUUGUGCAGCCAGAUGCCUGGACAGAGGACAGUGGCCUCCAUGCGAUUGGGCAGGUGUGUGAGGCACCUGUGGUGACCCGAGAGUGGGUAUUGGACAGCGUAGCCCUCUACCAGUGCCAGGAGCUGGACACCUACCUGAUACCCCAGAUCUCCCAGAGCUGCUGCUGAUUCCAGCCAGCCACGUGUAUAGUGUACAGGACCCAUCUCCACAGGACCCCGAGAAUGAGCUGAGGAAAUGGCCUUGUUUCAGGCCCAGGGAGCUCCUCUUCAGGCUCUCCACAGUCCCGGUUACUAAAUAUUUUAGUGACAUCAGCCUGAACUGGCUAUGCAGGGGUUCCUUAAAGAUUUUCUGCUUCAAGUCUCCCUUUGAAACCUGCCAAUGAGCACAAAAUUGCGGUAAUUUUUUUUUUUACCUGAAAAGAAUUUAAAACCAUUUUAAGUGCCACCAAUUGAGCAAGAUGCUGACUCAUUGUUUAUCAGCCCUAUGCCCCGUGCUGAGGGCACAGAGUGGCUGGCCUCAGGAGAACAGAUGGUUUCCCUGAGUUUGUUUCUCUAAAACCCUAUGUUCAGAAAGGCCAAGAGUCAGGCCCUUCAAUGGAAGGUGAUCUGUGAUGUGACUUAAAAUCAGAACAGUCCUUGGGCAGCUCUCAAAUGUUGAAGUGGAGCAUCGGGAAGGGGAUUCAGAGGCCAGUAAUGGAUAGAAAUACGAAACUUGAGGGUUAGUUAGAGGAGAGGGGAGCCAUGCUGGCCCUGAUCUCCAAAAGUCUGGGUAAAAAAGGGUGUCCAAAGAAUCUCCUAAUUCCCUAUCAGUAAUAAAUAAAAUGUUUACUAUUGUAGCUCUGAUAUGUAACCCAUUCCUCUUGAAAUAGAAGAUCUCAGAUAUGAAUAUUUCAUGUCUGUAAAAUGACAGAUUCCACCAGGAAAGGAGCUAUUGCUUUCCUUGAGGUAAUUUUUCCCCUUUGCUCCCUAUUGCUGAACUGUACAGCUUCAUACAUGAUUUUGUUUGCUGAAGAAAGAGACAGUGUUUUCAUAAACUUAUUAUCCGGGACUGUUUAUAGCUGUUGGAGGGACUAGGUCUUCCUUAGCCCCCGCAGUGUGUGAGGGCAGUGCAGACUUGGUUGUACAAAAUAUGUUUUGUAAAUGUCAUGCUGUUCACCUGCAAAUAAACUUAAUAGCAAACACUGGCACCACAUGACCGUUUUUGAGGCUCACGCAUGCAGACCUCUC